AUGAAUAUCUACGCACCUGCCACUCAUUCCGACCGAUAUGCCUUUUAUGACCAACUACUUCAGCAGCCUCUCUUUCAAGCCCUUCUCAACAACAUGCACACCGCUGAUGGGAUGCAUAACAACUACCUGGCCACCGUCCCUGAUGCUCCCUCUAUUGUGUUAGGUGAUUUCAACUAUAAUUUUCGCCAAUAUCGCCCACCACCCACCGUGGCAUCCACUAACAUUCAUCCACAAUGGCUUUUCCACUCGGUGCUUACCCAUUAUUAUCAGGAAAGUACGCAUGAAUUAAGUCAGAACCCUUUGGUGCCCACAUUUCGCCGCAACACCACACUCUCUACCAUCGAUUACAUGUUUAUGGAUCCUCAACUUUUAGAUUUCAGAACCGAUCACUUUGUUCAUUCUGAAUGGACCGAUCAUGCUCUACUUUCUACACAACUGACAUUUGCGAACCCGGAUUUUGGUAAAGGUCUAUGGCGAAUCAACCCCCAACUAGCUCACAACAAGUUCUUUCAACAACGUCUGUUUGCUAAACUUGACGAGUUCCACGAUCAAAUAGCCUCCGAAUCCGCUGGCAUCAGGCCUCAGGAAGUUUGGGAUCAGCUUAAAGCAAUUACCCGUCAAGUCGCAAGAAGUUGUAGUCGUCGACAGGCCGAAUGGCGUCGUCGUCUGCUCUGUCGCCUCCAAAGCAAACGCAACAAGUACCUUCGCCUCUACAAGACGACGCAGAUACGCAACGAUCGCCUCCCACAAAUCGAAGCCAUGAUCGGCCACCUUCAGCAGGAGCUAACCGAUAUCCAAGCACUACGGUCCGGCAUAAAAUGGCGAGAACAAGGUGAGAAAUCCGCCGGUUUCCUCAAGCGGUUGGCCACCCAACGCACUCAACAACGGGCCAUCCCCACCUUGAUACAUCCCAUCUCGACCACCACCUGUGAGACGACAACUGACAAGCAGGCAGCCGCAGUCGCAUAUUACGACCGCUUAUAUACUGCUGAUGCGGUGGACAUUGACGCGAUCCGGCAUUUCACUGACCAAAUUCCUGCUACUGACCAAAUUCCAGAUUCUGAACACCCGGCAUUAUGUGAGCCUUUUACCUUGGAUGAUUUAGCCGACGCCGCUACACGGGCCCCUAAACAAUCCAGUCCUGGCAUUGACUCCAUACCCUACGCCAUCAUUCAACUUCUACUGACUCAUACUUCCACAGCUGCUGUCGCCCUUCGAGUCUAUUCUGACGCUCUGUUACAUGGUCUGUUCCCACAAUCUUGGCAGGAAACUUGCCUGGUGCUGCUUCCCAAGAAAGGCGACCUGUCACUGUUACAGAACUGGCGCCCCAUCAGUCUCAUUUGUUGUGAUGCUAAGAUCUUCACCAGGCUAUUGAACGCUCGUCUCAUGGAACACUUUCGCACCCGCUUGAGUUCCUCUCAAUCUGGCUUCAUGCCUCAGCGCUUCAUUGGUGAACCAGCUAUGAUUUUACAUUGCGCCCAAUCUCUUGCCACGGCCACUCAAUCCACGUCCAUUGAUUUACUGUUAGAUCAGGAGAAGGCAUAUGAUCGGGUCAAUCUUGACUACCUUUCCGCUAUACUCACUGCCUUUAACAUGCCUCCUCAAUUAACAUCAUCACUGCUUGCGCUGUUGGCUACCACUCAGGUACAGGUUAACAUCAAUGGAAAUCUGUCCGCCCCGUUUACUACCCACCGCGGCAUGCGCCAAGGGGAUCCCAUUAGUCCGCUAUUGUUCAACAUCAUUUUCGAUCCCUUCCUUCGUGCUAUCAACAACCAUCCGGAUAUUCAGGGCUUUGAUUUUGACUAUAUUGCUAACACGAAUUCACGUUUCCCCACACCACUUACUCAUCACGUUCCUGUAGCCGAUCCAGUCAAAGUUCUUGCGUAUGCAGAUGACACUCUCGUCUUCCUCAACGAUCUUGGUGAAUUUUACCAGCUUCAACAACUAGUCAGUAGGUAUGCCGACACUACGGCCCAACUGAUGUUCUCACAGAACAUCGAUGCGCUCUUUUGGGAACAUCGAUGUUCUCGUGAGCACCUCGAUGUUCCCAUAUCAGAACAUUUGGCUUUACACUGUGAAGAUAGUUAUCAGAUAUGCGCUUUUAAAUGGUAUGGUCAGACUUUUUGA